GGGGGAAAGGCGCGCUGCGACCCGCGCCUGCAGCUGGCCUUCCUGCCGCUCGCUGCUGUGACGUUGGCGGCGGCCGCCGGGGCGGCAUGGAUCUCAGCGAGCUGGAGAGGGACAAUACCGGCCGCUGUCGCCUGAGCUCGCCUGUGCCCACCGCGUGCCGCGAUGAGCCCUGUGUCCUGGGCGUGGAUGAAGCGGGCCGGGGCCCAGUCCUCGGCCCCAUGGUGUAUGCCAUCUGUUACUGCCCCGUGUCCCGCCUGGCAGAUCUGGAGGCCCUAAAAGUGGCAGACUCAAAGACUCUGUCAGAGAACGAACGGGAAAGGCUUUUUGCAAAAAUGGAGGAAGACCAGGACUUUGUGGGCUGGGUUCUCGACGUGCUCUCUCCGAACCUCAUCUCUACCAGCAUGCUUGGGCGGGUCAAGUACAACCUGAAUUCGCUGUCCCAUGAUACAGCUGCAGGGCUGAUACAAUAUGCAUUGGACCAAGGGGUGAAUGUUACUCAGGUGUUUGUGGACACCGUCGGGAUGCCAGAGACCUACCAGGCCCGGCUGCAGCAGCGCUUCCCGGGGAUCCAGGUGACGGUGAAGGCCAAGGCAGAUGCCCUGUACCCUGUGGUCAGUGCCGCCAGCAUCUGUGCCAAGGUUGCUCGGGACCGGGCCGUAAAGACCUGGCGGUUUGUGGAAAGCCUGCAGGAUGUGGAUGCUGACUACGGCUCGGGCUACCCCAACGAUCCAAAGACGAAGGCGUGGCUGAGAAAGCAUGUGGAGCCGGUGUUUGGCUUCCCUCAGUUUGUCCGGUUCAGCUGGAGCACCGCGCAGACCAUCCUGGAGAAGGAGGCGGAAGGUGUCACCUGGGAGGACUCCGCGGCCGAAGAUGGGGCGCAGCCCAGGAAGAUCACCACCUAUUUCCUCAACCGGGGCUCCCAGGCCCGUCCCCAGGCACUGCACUGGUACUUUCAGGAGCGGGGCCUGGAGAUGGCCACCAGCUUGUAGAGCCAGCCUUCCCCAAAGCGCCUCCCCUCGCUGAGGAAUUAAAACUGCUCCAGAAGCAACAA